AUGGCCGAUCCCAGUCAUCUCACCGUUCCCGGCACCAAGGUCGCGCAGGACCUCAAGCUCGUUGCCGGUGUGCUCCAGGACAUGCAGGACUCUGGCCAGCUGCCCCUCGAUCCGAUGUCCCCCGGGAUACCUCCAGCUGUGUUUGGCGCGGGGGGGCCAAUGCUGAAACAGUUCGACCAGUCGACGGUGGUGAGUCGGAAGGGGUCGCAGGCGCCAACACCGCCUCUGUCGGUCAAGGGCAUUGGGAACAAAGUCGCGAAACCCGACUACUCCGAGUCGAAGAUCGUGCUUGCGAUGGUGGGACUGCCUGCGAGAGGCAAGUCGUAUUUGAGCAACAAACUUAUGAUCUACCUGAAGUGGCUGGAAUAUGAUGUGAAGGUCUUUAAUGUCGGACAGCUGCGCCGCACUCGUGCAAAGCAGAAGGCUCAACAAUUGGGAAUCAAGGAAGAUCACAACGCCGCUUGGUUCAGCCACAAUAAUACAGAAGCGAAUUUGUCGCGCGAGAAGCUGGCGCACGAUAGCUUGGAGAUGCUCAUACAGUGGUUGAAGGAUGGGGGUAAUGUUGGGAUUCAUGAUGCGACGAACAGCACACGUGCACGGAGAGCAAGCAUGGAAGCGCGUGUCGCCAAAGAAACAGGCAUACAGCUCAUCUUCCUCGAAUCGCAAUGCGACGACCCCGCCGUCAUAGCGGCCAACGUCGCGCUCAAAGUCUCGUCCGGCGACCCCGACUACAAGGGCAUGGACCCCGAGGACGCGAAGCGCGACUUCCUGCGGCGCAUCACCGAGUACGAGAAGGUCUACGAGGCGAUCACCGAGCCACACCUGUCGUACCUCAAGAUCGUGAAUGUGGGCGCACAGGUGGAGGUCUCGCGAAUACACGGGUACCUCCAGAGUAGGAUUGCGUUUUACUUGAUGAAUUUGCAUUUGAAGCCGAGGAGCAUCUAUUUGUCGAGGCACGGCGAAAGUCAAUUCAAUGUGGAAGGGAAGAUCGGAGGAGAUUCGCUGCUCUCACCAAACGGAGAGAAAUAUAUGCACGCUUUGCCUGCGUUGAUCAAGGAUAAUAUCGGAGAUGCCCCGUUGACGGUCUGGACUUCGACUUUGCGGCGAACAAUCCAGACGGCCAGCGAGCUGAACUACCCGAAAUUGACUUGGAAGUCACUGGAUGAGUUGGAUGCGGGUGUAUGCGAUGCAAUGACAUAUGAAGAAAUUGAGCAAGCAUAUCCAGACGACUUCGCCAACCGUGACGACGACAAGUUCAACUACCGAUAUCGUGGCGGCGAAUCCUACCGUGACGUCGUUGUGCGCCUGGAGCCAGUCAUCAUGGAGCUCGAACGACAGGAGAACAUCUUAAUUAUUGGCCAUCAGGCUAUUUUGCGGUGCCUAUACGCAUAUUUCCACCACCUCCCUCAAGUCGAUCUACCGUACAUUAAAAUCCCUCUUCAUACUGUGAUCAAGCUCACGCCCAAAGCGUACGGUUGCGACGAGGAAAGAUACGCAUUACCUAUCCAGGCGGUGGAUACGCAUCGUCCGAAACCCAAAGGGUCUGCGCCGGUGGUCCACGCAUCGGCAGCAAGGGAAUACUACACUGGGGAUACAGAGCUGAAAGUGUAA